GUGUUUGCGAAGAGCUGUUGGCUUGGCUUUCUUAUUUGUAUUACGUUUAUGCAAGAUUCAAUGUUGAUAAAUAGUAUUACACCCUUAGGUAUAGCCCCCAAAAAGAAGACUGAGGAAGAAGUCAGAUAGACCGACCCUUUUUAUUUUUUGUUUUAUUUUUAAUUCUUUUUACUUUUGUAGGAGAUCUCUAAUCUUUCAGGAGCUCUCUCCUUUCAAAAAUUCCUAACGCUACCAAGCCAAGCUACUUAGUUUGAAGUAAGAUAUCGCAAUCAUGGAGGGGAUCACCCCUGGCACCAUUGUAGAACGGGCACCAAACCACGAUCCCAACAACUACUGCUUCACAGCUUGGGAAUACCUGGAACCUGCGGAAGACGACACGGAUGAUGAUACGGAUGAUGGCACGAACCAUGGGGCAACUCCAAAAAACCCUAUCACCAGGCAUAAAUGGUCAAUUCAGAUUUAUGUCACUAUACCCGAAGCUAGCAACGAGGAAUAUCUACGUGCGCUAGUCCGAAAAAUCCACGAUGAGACAUUGCAGAUACGCGGCGGCAGCGGACGCCAUGCCCCCGAUCGUAUGGACAUGUACGGCCUGCCUCUGCCGCCCGGUACGUCUGAGGAGGAGACGGUUGCGCAGUGCGUGUCGCACCAAAAGCACGAGAUCGCAGCCCGCAAUGCGACCGGGCGCAGCGACUUCUUCAUCCCGCCCACCUUUGACAACACCUACAACAAUCUGAUCUUGAUCGUCGACCAGCCCGAGGAGAAGUGGAAUGAGGGAGAGGGCGGCUUUCUCGUGGUCCAGUUCGAUAAGCUGCCCCAGUACAAAUCAGACCAGUCGGAUCCUUCCUGGAUGCGGGUCGACUGGGAUUACCUGGGUCAAGCGCUUUGGCAGUUCAGAGAGAUGAUUGAGUGGUUCUAUGAUAGCUAUGUGUACGAUGGCACCAUGGAUGAAGAUCUGGAGCGUUGGCACCGCGAAUCUUUGGAGAAGACAAAUGCUCAGUGACGGUGUUGGCGUUGCCGGCCAUCGCUACAGCGUAUCAACUGUCAUACUCAUACUGGGAUUGGCUUCAACCAGUAUAGAAAUAUUGGCAGCCUGAGUAAGCCAAUAGACUUACCGCUAAUUAGAUGGUUGAAGGGGGGAGUCAGUAUGGACGGUAAUUCAGGCCAGUUUAGGUGGAAGCAUUCUCCCUAUGCGGUCAAGGGAUGUAGACCUAGCUACCUAUCACUAGUUCGUUCUAUAACUACUGCUACGCGAUUGCGCAUCUAGCAAUAAAAGCUUCGUCGUAUAAUAUGGUAUCGAUAAAAAGCCAUUGUAGCAUUGCCCCUCGUUGCCGCUAUCGUAUACUAUAGUGCUUACAUAGGCAGUAAAUGAACUGAGUAUACUAGGAUGAGACAUCUUGGCAUACAAAAGGAUUGAAGCCCAUGGAAUAGAGCUCGAAUAAUAUACGAAGAUCCGAUCAGGAUCAUGAUG